AUGGUGAUGGCGCGGCUGGGGGCGCUGACGGUGGGCUCCUGCGGCUCCAUCGCCUCCAUGAGCUCCAUGGCGCGGAGCAGCACGCGCAUGACCGUGGCCUUCCAGGAGGAGCAAAUCAUCCGACUCUUCCAGAAGUUCGAUGCCAACGGGGACAACUGCGUCAGCCAGGAGGAGCUGCUCUCGGUCUUGCAGCAGCUCUCAGAUCCCUCGGACACCCGAGGUGAGCGGCUAGAAGAGCUUCUGCACGGCAUCGACACCAACGGGGAUGGUUUCAUUCAGCUAGAGGAGUUUAUGGCAUGGUGCUAUGCCAGCGGCGACAUGGGGAAGCGGCUUCGGUGGACCUGUUUUCAUGUGGUCCAAGCCGAGCAGCCGCUGAUGUCCCGGAAGCGGCUGCCCCCCAGGAACACCAACCGCAUUUCGCAGUUCCGAUGGCUGGAGGAUCUAUUGAGGAUGAUCGUGGAGGGCAAGAACCAGGGCGGCUCCGGCAUCCGGGAAACGGGCGAGCGGGCGACUCCGCUCUUCGCGGUGGCAGGCGUGUGUCCGAAUACCCUGUGCGACAUGCAGGCCAUGCUGUUUUGCCAGGUCAGUGGGGGCGUGGAUUUCUGGUGGGUGAAGCCUCAGGCAGAUGAUCCGACCAAGCUGGAGACCCAGACCCUGGACUUGCACAAAGAGGGCGCCCACAGAAACUAUGCCUCCAAGUCGAAAGCGCUCUACCAGCCUUUGUCGGACAUGUUCAGCGGCAGCAAGGACGGGGCUUUCGAGUUCGGGGUGGACGAGUCCGGCCGCGCCUUCAUUCAAGAGACGAUUGAGAGGUCUGGCCGCUGCCGGAUGCUGCUGUUCCUGGUGUGGCAGGAGAACUGGAGCAGCUGUUUUGCUUACAACAAGUUCAUCGAGGGCAAGCUAUUCUACCAGCAUGGCGAGCCCUGGGAUCUGCCGCAGGCGACGGCGUGUGGAAAGACCCCGCCUGCCGCGCCCUUCUUCGCACGCCAGUUCCGUUUGGAAGGCGGCGGCUUGAAGCUCGCCGGCCUGGAGACGGAGGAGACGGUGCUCACGCUGAUGCCCCCGGACGUGUGCCAGGAGAUGUUCCCUCUCUGAGUAGCUCACAGGCGGCGAGCUCCGCCUGCAGGGGACAAACAAAAACUCCGCCGCGCAGCAAAAGAUUUGCUGGCGAGGAGGCGGCGACCUUUUUUUUGUUGGCACGCGACAAAUUUCGCGUGGUCUGGGUCAUGGAAUGCCGCGGUUGCCAUCGCUCUGAUAGCCAUUGGGCUGUCCAUUUGGAUAGCCGCCGUGUUUAGACAGGCAUUGCCAUUCGCUUGGCAGAAUUCGUGAGGCUUUCCGAUCUUGUCAAGGUGCGAGAUGGUCGAGUGACGCUUGCGCCCGGAAUUUGCAAUAUUGAUUGUAGAGGUCCAGAAGGCACGGGGCACAGUUCGGCCAAUCGCGAGAAGCGCUUUCCGAUGUGACUUUGGUCUCAAGGCUUCCUUUCCUCGGCGUUUCGGUCCAAAGGCUACGGUUUGAAGCGCAACUCUCGCAGGACCGCAGUGUGCCCACACAAAUUCUCGAUGCACAGCAGCGGCAUAUUUUGGAUGCGUGUUUUUCUGGCAGAAAGCCAGGGUUGCGCGCAAAGAUUUACUGAACCCCCCCAAAGGGGUGGGGGUACCAAAGGAUGUUGGGAAUGCUGGGGCCCUUUGUUUCCCACA